AAUACCGAGUUCAUCCUCUUUCUGCCGUGGUAACUGGAGGUGAGUGUGUGUUCUGUAGUUUCUACUAACAAAUCAUAAAAUAUCAUUUUAAUUCAUCCAUCAUCAAAUUCAGUUUACAGUAAAUAAAACAGCCGAACAUUCCUAAAUCAAAAUGGGUAAAGAAAAGACACAUAUUAACAUCGUCGUAAUUGGCCACGUCGACUCUGGUAAAUCAACAACCACUGGUCAUUUAAUCUACAAAUGUGGUGGUAUCGACAAACGUACAAUCGAAAAGUUCGAAAAGGAAGCCCAAGAAAUGGGUAAAGGUUCCUUCAAAUAUGCUUGGGUUUUGGACAAAUUGAAAGCUGAACGUGAACGUGGUAUCACCAUCGAUAUUGCUUUAUGGAAAUUCGAAACAGCUAAAUACUAUGUAACCAUUAUUGAUGCACCUGGUCACAGAGAUUUCAUUAAGAACAUGAUUACUGGUACAUCUCAAGCUGAUUGUGCUGUAUUGAUCGUAGCCGCUGGUACUGGUGAAUUCGAAGCUGGUAUCUCAAAGAAUGGACAAACCCGUGAACACGCUUUACUCGCCUUCACAUUGGGUGUGAAACAAUUGAUUGUUGGUGUUAACAAGAUGGACUCAACUGAACCACCAUACAGUGAAUCCCGUUUCGAGGAAAUCAAAAAAGAAGUAUCAUCAUACAUUAAGAAGAUUGGUUACAAUCCAGCUGCUGUUGCUUUCGUACCAAUCUCUGGUUGGCACGGAGACAACAUGUUGGAAGCAUCCGACAAAAUGCCAUGGUUCAAGGGAUGGGCUAUUGAACGUAAAGAAGGUAAAGCUGAUGGUAAAUGUUUAAUUGAAGCUUUGGAUGCCAUCUUACCACCAUCAAGACCAACUGAAAAACCACUUCGUCUUCCUCUCCAGGAUGUCUACAAAAUAGGAGGUAUUGGAACAGUACCAGUAGGUCGUGUUGAAACUGGUGUAUUGAAACCAGGUAUGGUUGUAGUAUUCGCUCCAGCUGCACUUACUACUGAAGUAAAAUCCGUUGAAAUGCAUCACGAAGCUUUACAAGAAGCCGUACCCGGUGACAAUGUUGGUUUCAACGUUAAGAACGUAUCAGUCAAAGAAUUACGAAGAGGUUACGUAGCUGGUGACUCCAAGAACGCUCCACCACGAGGUGCUGCUGAUUUUACCGCCCAAGUAAUUGUACUCAACCAUCCUGGUCAAAUUAGCAACGGUUACACUCCAGUAUUGGAUUGUCACACCGCUCACAUAGCAUGUAAAUUCGCUGAAAUUAAAGAAAAAUGUGACCGUCGUACUGGUAAAACAACUGAAGAAAAUCCAAAAUCAAUCAAAUCAGGUGAUGCUGCUAUCGUAAACUUAGUACCAACAAAACCAUUGUGUGUUGAAGCUUUCCAAGAAUUUCCACCACUUGGUCGUUUCGCUGUACGUGAUAUGAGACAAACCGUUGCUGUAGGUGUUAUUAAAUCUGUCAACUUUAAAGAUGCCUCUGGUAAAGUAACAAAAGCCGCCGAAAAAGCCCAAAAGAAGAAAUAACUAAGCACAUCAUUCAAUAUAGUUAACGUUGCCGCUUUCCUGCAAUUGCUCUCACAGCAUUGUUUUUUUCAUCGUAAAGAAUUUCGCAGGAAAAGUGCUUUCUUGAUUUAUAUAAGGCAACUAUAAACAAUUAUGAAAUCUUUUGAAACCUUUUAUGGUAGUUACACAUUUAUUAAAAAUGGGGGAUAGAUUAUAAUUAAUCUUUCAGUUUUAAUUAAAAAAUAAGAAGAUGGCUUCAACGAUCCACGAUCUCCACAAGUGUGAUGAUGAUGAUGAUGAAGAAGUUUUGUUUUUUU